AUGGCAAUCGAUUUGGCGUCAUUCUAUGGGAGCGGUGCCGCCACGCAGGGACGCAGACGAGGCCCAGGCCGGCCCCGAGGCAGGGGAAAGGGCCGCGGCUGGGGCGACGUGAUGCGCCCGGUCAGCAGAAGUCCUGCGGCCGCCCUGGCCACCCUAGCUUCUGCUCAAGUGAUCCGCGGACCGGCCCAGGCUGUCCACAAGAGGCGGUCGGCCGUCAUGUCUCCUAUGCGAGCGCGAACGGUCAUUUCGCUUAGGCGAUCUUCUAGGCUAACAGGGAUUCCCCCGAUGCAGUCGGCUCCCGAACAGAAGUAUCUCUCAUAUUAUGACGUCACUCUGACGUACGAAGACGUGCGCGCACUAAGGAAUGACUGGCUCACGGACAACAAUAUAUCUUUUUGGGAAGAAUAUCUCGAGCGCGAAGUGCUACCCAAAUAUCCACAAGCCCGUAUCGUCCUGCUGCGACCUUCUCUGAGCCUGUUACUUAUGAACGAGAAGCCGGAGGCGGCACGCAAGCAGCUUCCGGAUCUUCGCAACAUAACACACAUUUUUCUGCCAAUCACCGAUGUCAAAGACCUCAGCAAGCCAGAAGGCGGUACGCACUGGUCGCUGCUGCUGGUAUCCACAAUCGACGGCGUGGCCUUCCACUACGACUCGCUCGGGUCCGUCAACAUUAAUGAUGCACGAUCGGCUACGAUACGCCUUGCUGUUCUGUUGGGCAUCGACUUCCGCUUCCGCAACAUUGAGGACACGCCACAACAGGAGAAUGGUAACGACUGCGGCGUGUUUGUGUGCGUGCUGAUGCGCUUUCUGCUCGUCAAGCGGCUGCUCAAUGCGCACGCGCGCGAGAAGGUGUCCAUGGGCCUCGGCGGCAAGAUGAUUGAUGCCAAUGGUGGCCGCAAGGAGAUGCUCAAGAUUAUCGAGAGCCUGCGCCGCGAGGGUGAGCGCCGCCGCAGCACAUCACCUUUCAUGAAGAAGGAGGUGCCACGCAUCGAGUAG